CACGGCAAGAGAGGGAUCCCGUCCGCGUCCAUCCACCGCCCGUGGGAAGGAAGGGAAGGGGAAGGGAAGGGAAGGGAAGAGCAGCGAGCAACGCAGGCAUCGGCUCGGGCCGCAGCCGCACCGCCCCCCUCCUCCCCCGAUCCGAUCGUCGAUCGCCUCCCGCUGCAUCGCCCCGCCGCGCGGUAAUAUUUGGUACCCGCGCCGCCGAUCGCGCCAUGCCGUACCACUGACCGAUCCCGUCCCCGCCCCCGCCGCCGGAGUCGCCGUUCCCGCAAUCCCCGCCUUUCGUCUAUCGCCCCUGAGAGUGCUACCGACCGAUCGGAUUAGGGUGUGGACGAUGGCGACCAGCGCCGACCCGCAUGCUGCCGUUGCGGGCGCGUGGACGCCCCCGUCGGAUAGCCCCCCGGCCGCGAAGAAGGCGGGGGACGCUGCCGCCGCCCCCUGGAAGCGCCCGGGUAGCGCGACGGUGCCGGUCGUGGUGCCUGUUGGAAACCCUAUCAUGGACGCGGACUCCUGGCCGGCGCUGCCAGGACUGGCGUCUCCCCCGCCGGCGGCUGCUACGGCGGCGGCGGCCAAGGCGUCGCCGAAGGCCGCUCCUCCCCCGUCCACUGGGGCGGUGAUCUCGCCGGUCUCUUUGGGCAAUUCCGGCGCUCUAGAUGCCAAUCCUGAUAAUGAGGCUCCCAUACGCAAUCCUGCGGCUCGGCGUGCCCUAGUGAUGCCUGCAGGGGAUGGGCUGGAGAAGAGUGCCCCUGCCCCAGAGCUGUCGCCGGUGUAUGUGCCUAAUGCCCGUAGCAAUGGUGGUGAUCAUCAUCAGAAUGGGCGUUUUGGUUCCCAUCCUCAUGGCCGAGGUGGCAGCUAUGGUGGGGGGAACAGGAGGGGUACCGGUGGAGGUGGAGGACGACGUGGGCAGGAACACCAUGGGGGUUUUGAUGGACCAAGACGCGGUGGUGGCCGCAGAGAUGGCCAUGGACAAACUCACCAGCAGCGUGGCCACCAACCCUACAUUAGGGCUCCUCCUCCUCCACCACCAUUUAUUAGCGCUACUCCUCAGGCACCGCAUUAUGGUGCACCUAUGGGCUUCCCUGUUGCAGAAAUAGCACCACAUGUUUACUAUUUUGCGGCACACCCCUCCGAAGGUCUUCAAGGCUUGCCUUUUGUGCCUCAUCCGGCAAGCCCUCACGCUAUUUCAAUUGACCCUAUUCAAAAGGAGCUUCUGGCGCAGAUAGAUUACUACUUUAGCGAUGACAAUUUGUGCAAGGACCCAUUCUUGCGACAGAAUAUGGAUGACCAGGGUUGGGUGCCAUUAUCACUUAUUGCUGGCUUUCGCAAGGUCCAAAAUCUGACAAAUAAUAUACAGUUUUUGAGGGGGACAAAUAAUAUACAGUUCAUAUUAGAAACAGUCCUGCUAUCUACAGUUGUGGAAGUACAGGGUGAUAAAAUAAGGAGGCGUGGAACAUGGGAGAAUUGGUUGUUUCCAAAAUCCAAUUAUUCUGCUGGAAGUUCUGGUCCUUCGUCCCCUAUGACAUCUAACAUUGAUUCACUAGCAUCGCAGUUUCUGUUUGUUGGACUUGAGGGGGCAACUUACCACACUAGUCUGCAAGGAAUGCCCAGUGAAGCUCUCCUGACAAGAUCAGUAACUUCAGGUAGUCUGGGCUAUCAUGUACCAACCUUGGGGGGACUACACACCAAUGGGAGUGGACCAAUUUUUGAGCAGAAGUCAGCAAGGAAUUUACUCAGGAGCGACACCUUUUGAGGUUAUACAUAAGAAAUAUGAAGAACAUUGGCAGGCCGAGUUUUCAUGGUGACGGCGUGGACCUUAUCUACUUGGAUGAGUAAAGACCCAAUUGGGUAAAGAAACCAAAAAAAAAAAGCAUAACUACAAAAAUAUAUAAAUGCACAAAAUGAAUAAAAACCAAAAAAAUCAGAAAAAAUAUAAAUGAAAAAAGACUGGUAGCUAGGGUUAUGUUGAAGCAUUCUGAAUUUUGUGUUUGUGCUCUUGUUAUUACCUGUUAGGUUUCUGUUCGGAUGCUGGUACUUUGUUGGCUCUUGUUGUGUGAACUGAGUUAUUACAAGCAUCAUGAAUAUCAUUCGGGAACUGUUGAAACUGGACAUAAUUAUAUAAGUAAAUGACAUUGUUACUAA